GAGCCCCGGGCACGGGACGGCGCUCCGGACUGUAACGAUGAGGAGAUGAAGGACUCGGAGAGCGACGCGGAUGUGAGCGAUGAGAAGCCGGAGAGCCUGAAGGCUGAGAGCAGCAGCUCGGCCGCGGAGCUUAAGGAGUGCAAAGAGACGGGCAAAGCGUGUGAAGGGGCCAAGGAGCUGGGUGAAGGGGCUGCUGGUCAAACCGCUCCCUGCAGCUCCUCCAGUGCAGAGUCCCCCAGCCACUUGCUCGGGCCAGGCAUCAACAAAACUGAGGUGAAAUAUCUCCCACCAGCCUCCAUCCCACCACCUCAGCCGCUGCCCUUCGGAUUCCCCUACACCAUGAGCCCGUACUUCCAUGCAGGCACCAUGGGAGGUCUGUUUCUGGAUGGUGAGGAAAGCCCCGCGCUGGAAGACAUCAGCAAAUGGACGGUGGAGGAUGUGUGCAGCUUUGUGUCCAACUUGUCUGGCUGCACCGAGUACACUCAGGUAUUCCGAGAGCAGGCUAUUGAUGGGGAGACCCUGCCCCUCCUGACGGAAGAGCACUUACUGAACAACAUGGGGCUGAAACUCGGACCUGCACUGAAGAUCAGGUCACAGGUGGCCAAGAGGGUGGGCAGGGUCCUGUACAUGGCCGGCUUCCCCAUGGCCUUCCCACUGCAACCUCCUGGCCUGCGCCCCCCGGAGCGGGACCUG